AUGACGCGAGACCGGUGCGUCGACGCGCUGCGAGCGGCGAGCUCGAGGGAGGCGGACGACGAGGCGGACGCGUACUACGCCGCGCUGAGCCUGCACCGAGCGCUCGCGACGCGGGCGAAUCGAGACGACGACGAGGCGAUGGCGCGAUGCGUCGCGACGUGCGAGGAGGUGGUAGAGAGGUACGCGCGACGCCGCGGCGGGCGCGACGGCGCGAUGCGGCGGGAGACGGUGGCGCUGGCGGCGUUGACGGUGGCGCGCGCGAGAGGACCGGCGGCGGCGGCGGAGACGCUGAGGGGCGGCGACGAGCGCGCGAGCGUGCUCGGCGCCGCCGUCGCGCGGUGGUUAGCGCUGCGAUUGGUGGACGUGGACGCGGAGAGGGAGCUCACGGUGGCGGAUUUGACGCGAUUGGCGGUUAUUUUGUCAAAGGCGCGGGAUUCGCGCGCGGCGACGGCGUUUUGCGAGUGCGGCGGCGUGUCGUCGUUGUGCGCGUUGAUCGACGUCGAAUCGUCCCCGCCGCUGAGCGCGGGGACGAUAUUUGAUUGCGCCAAAGCCAUCGCGGGUUUUUGCGCGGCGCUUUCGGAUGGUUCGACGACGACGAGGUUCGACGUCGAAGGCGUGUCGCGCGAGUUGAGGGCGAUUCUCUCGUCGGCUUCGGGUAAGAUGGCCGAUCCCCUUCCCGCGGUCGCCGCCACCGCGUGUCGCCAAGCGUUGGCGUCUUUGGAAAAGUACGCGGCGACCCGAGCGGGAGCGGUGUCCACGGUGGAGCGGCAGUCGUCGUACGGGGCGCUCGGCGAUUGCGUCACCGCGGCGAAGGAGCUCGAUUUCGCCGACGCCUCGCGCUCGGGUUCGCACGCCAGUCUACACCGCGCGCAAAAAUACGACGGUUCGUUUGGAUCGCAAAUCGAUCUCUCGCGCACGCGCUCGGAAUCGCUCAACUCCUUGGAUGCCUCGUUUAGUUCGCCGACGAAGCUCAUCCCCGCGGCCGUCGUCAUCGAAAACCGAGCGGCGAGCCUAGACGGCGAUAAGCGCACGCUCGUCGUCGCGAUCGAGGAUAAACAGACGGAAUCGAACUUGCGUAAGAGCCCGGGGAGCGCGGUGUACGGAAAUGGGAACGGGAAGGUGUGGACGGAGAUGUACGACGAGCCGGGGCAGUACGUCAGGGCGCGGUGCGGGUGCGGCGCGGAGACGCGCUUGCCGAUAGCGCGAUCGCCGUAUCACGUGCGGUACGACUCGGCGAGGUUAGACAGCGCGAAGGUUGAAUUCUUGGUGGAUUCGAGUCAUCAUCCGAACGCGCUGACGGGCGCGAAACCGGGCGACGUGUUUCACGUGAGCGAGCCGCGCGGCGUCGGCUUCUCCAACGUGUUGUUCGCGGAGCGAUCGCUCGAGGCGGCGAUGCGUAAAAACCAUCCAUUGGUCCUUCUCGCGAACGGUACCGACGGUCUCGCGAGCGUGCGCUCGCUAUUAGAUUGGCAACCAGUGAUGGCGUACGCGGACGCGCAUCCUGUGACGUUAUUUUACCUGUGCGAGAGUCAAGAGAGCGCCGCGCUCUUGUCCAUCCACGACGAGUGGCGGGAGGAGGGCUUCAAAAUCAUUCCGUGCUACGGCGCUUUGGACGACCAACUCUUCUUGAUGGAGCAGUGUUUCCUCACCGGCGCCGUCGCGGCGGGUGGCAAGCCAACCAUUCUCGGCGCCGACCCCGCGGCGUGUUCCGUCUUGCUCGCCGGCGCCGAGGGCGACGUCGCCGGGAGCAUCUUGAAGCUCCUGAACGCCCGAGGUAUCGCGCGCGACAACAUCUUGACGAGUGACUUUUUUUAA